AUGAGUCUCCUGAGAGAGGAUGUUAAUGCCACAAAAGUCUGGAAUGAACAGAUUGAUACACUGUGUCACGUGGGGGACUUGCUCAAACAGCAAUUGCCUGACAUCAAACUGGAGAAAUACACAGACAGUGUUCCUCUCACUCUGCAGGCCAGGAUGACGUGUGAGUGUAAAGCCAAUGGACGCACCAGUGCAUCCUGGGAGUUCAGCUUCAAUGGACAGAGAUACCUUCUCUUUGACUCGAAGACCAGAAAGUAUACAGUGGGACAUCCUGGAGGCAAACAGAUAAAAGAGAAUUGGGAGCAUGACAAGGAAUUGAUGGCUCAUUUCACAAAGAUCUCCUUGGGAGACUGCCAGGAAUGGCUUCCAGCCUUGGUGCACUGGGAGAAACAGGUAGACACAACAGCCCCCACAACAACGGUCCCAAAUACAGCCCCACCAACCAAGGCCGCAGCUACAGCUCAUUCCAAGGCCUCGACCGUCACACCUAUUGCCUGGAACCUCCCUCUCUUCCUUACCUGCUGGAUCAUAAUCCAGACUCAGAUCCUGAGCCACUGA